UUUUUCAUCAGGAUUUUCUCAUCAGUGUGAUUAGAUUGUGAGGAUGGGACACACUCUGCUCUGUAAACUGGAGUUCAUCUUAGUGCUGUAUUCACUCCUCCACAGUGGACACACUCAAGAUGCUGAAUUGACCUUUGAACCCAAAUGGUCAACUUUUUUUAUUGGAGAAUCUUUAACCUUCAAAUGUGACAUGGAGGAAGGAAGAACAGAUGACUGGAAAUACACAUUGAAGAGAAAUGAUUGGACACUUUAUUCUGACGUCACACAACAAGAUUUCAAAAUAAAUCUGCUAGAUAAAAGUCACAGUGGUGUUUAUCAGUGCUGUGGUUUCUGGAAGGGUUUAUAUUUUAAAGAGAAAGAGUGCAGCAACAGAGUCUAUAUACAUGUAUCAGACAGAGCCAGAGCCACACUGACAGCAGCAACAACAACUGUGUCAGUAGGAGACAGAGUGACACUGAUCUGCUCUGUGGAGAAAUCUGCUGGUUGGAAAUAUGAGUGGUUCAGAAGAACCUCACACACCUCUGAAGACACAAUCAAUGAUGGACUAAAUGGAAACAUCAGAGUCUCACAAGGAGGAAUCUACAGAUGCAGAGGAUUUAGAGGAGAACCAGCCGUCUACUCUGAUCCAAGUGAUGAAGUCACCAUUCAAAUAACCUUUUCCAACAAAGUCAGUGUAACCCAAAAACCCAGCUGGUCUCAGAUCUUCAGAGGAGAGAGGAUCACUCUGACAUGUGAGGUUCAGGGAGGUGAAGGAGUUCAGUGGGAGUAUGAAUGGAGAACACCUCAGUCACAGACAUUCAGGACAAAGCAGAAAGACUGGACUAUCACAGCUUCCAUCAGUGGAGACUACAGCUGUAAGAGCAGACCCACAGAUGAUUCAUAUUCUGCAACAAAGUGGAGUGAAGCUUUAAGGUUGUCUGUUUUAGAUACUCCAAAGGCUCAGAUAAGUAGAAUUGGAGGAACUCUGACCUGUUCUGUGAAUCCAUCAUCAUCUGGUUGGAGUUAUUAUUUUUACAGAGAGAAAAACCAGGAAGUGCUGACAGUGCAAAAUACUGAUUUCCAUUCUAAUAGAGACAUCAGAGUUUCACAGGGAGGAGUCUACAGAUGCAGAGGAGGAAGAGGAGAACCAGUUUAUUACACAGAGUUCAGUGAUCCAGUCACCAUUGUUGAUGCUGUGUUGACCUUUGAACCCAAAUGGUCAACUUUUUUUAUUGGAGAAUAUUUAACCUUCAAAUGUGACAUGAAGGAAGGUAGAACAGAUGACUGGAAAUACACAUUAAAGAAAAGUGAUUGGACACCUUAUUCUGACGUCACACAACAAGAUUUCAAAAUAAAUCUGCUGGAUAAAAGUCACAGUGGUGAUUAUCAGUGCUGUGGUCUCAGGAAGGGUUCAUAUUAUAAAAAGUGCAGCAACAGAGUCUCUAUACGUGUAUCAGACAGAGCCAGAGCCACACUGACAGCAGCAACAACAACUGUGUCAGUAGGAGACAAAGAGACACUGAUCUGCUCUGUGGAGAAAUCUGCUGGUUGGAAAUAUGAGUGGUUCAGAAGAACCUCACACACCUCUGAAGACACAAUCAAUGAUGGACUAAAUGGAAACAUCAGAGUCUCACAAGGAGGAAUCUACAGAUGCAGAGGAUUUAGAGGAGAACCAGCCGUCUACUCUGAUAAAAGUGAUGAAGUCACCAUUCAAAUAACCUUUUCCAACAAAGUCAGUGUAACCCAAAAACCCAGCUGGUCUCAGAUCUUCAGAGGAGAGAGGAUCACUCUGACAUGUGAGGUUCAGGGAGGUGAAGGAGUUCAGUGGGAGUAUGAAUGGAGAACACCUCAGUCACAGACAUUCAGGACAAAGCAGAAAGACUGGACUAUCACAGCUUCCAUCAGUGGAGACUACAGCUGUAAGAGCAGACCCACAGAUGAUUCAUAUUCUGCAACAAAGUGGAGUAAAGCUUUAAGGUUGUCUGUUUUAGCACACAAACCAAAGGCUGAACUGAAAAUCACAAAGUCUCCAGUAGGGGGCAGAGUGAACCUGAAUUGUUCAGUGAAGCCUUCAUCAUCUGGUUGGAGUUUCUUCUGGUCCAGAGGAGAGAAACCCUCCAAACUGCUGACAAGAAAAGAUGCUGAUUUCCUCUCAAAUGGACAAAUCAGAGUCUCACAGGGAGGAGUCUACAGAUGCAGAGGAGGUAGAGGAGAACCAGUUUAUCACACAGAGUCCAGUGAUCCAGUAAACAGUGAAGAGCCUGUCCUGAGAGUGUCUCCAUGGUGGUUGAGUCCUGGAGCCUCAGUGACUCUGAGCUGUGAGGUUGAACAUGUGUCUGCAGGAUGGAGCUUCUACUGGUAUAAAGCUAUUCCUGAUCUAUCACACAAGUCUGGCUCUUACAGCUAUGAGCUGCUGCCUGCUAGCUCCAAUGGGACUGCAGACAACUCCUACAUCAUUCAUGGACAGACACACACAGCAGGAUAUGUGUGCAGAGCUGGAAGAGGAGAGCCACACUUCUACACUCUUUACAGUCAGCCUCACUUUGUCUGGUCUGGAGAUCUUCAUCCAUCAGCGUCUCUCUCAGUGAGUCCUGACAGAGUCCAACACUUCACCUCUGACUCUGUCUCACUGAGCUGUGAGGGAAACUCUGCUGAGUGGAGAGUCAGCAGGUUUCUGCUUCCUGACUUCCUGUCAUUCUGUUCUGACUGGGGAACAAUGAAUAGAUCAACAUGUCAUGUUCAGAAGAUCCAGUCCAGUAAUGCAGUGUACUGGUGUGAGUCUGGAUCAGCAUUCAGCAACGCAGUCAACAUCACUGGACACUAUGAUGAUGAGCUUCUCCUGCUGAGUCCUGUCCAUCCUGUGACUGAGGGACAUUCUGUUACUCUUGGCUGCAAGUUGAGGACAGAAAAUCUUCUUUCUAAAGUGUUUUUCUAUCAAAAUGACACAAUCAUCCAAAGUGAGAGCAGAGUGGAGAUGAUCAUCCCUGCAGUGUCAAAGUCUCAUGAAGGCUUCUACAAGUGUCAAUCCUCAGGAAAAGAAUCACCACAGAGCUGGUUGGCAGUAACAUCAGCAUCCAGACCUGACAGCUCCUCAUUUCCUGUUCUGUUGCUUGUUGGACCAGUUUGUGUCUUUUUACUGAUGAUUUUCCCACUGAUGUUUUAUUUCUGCAAAAAGUCAAAAGAUUCCAGCUCCAUCAGCAGGUCUGUGGAACAAAAUCAGAAUUGUUUUCCAGAUGAGAUUGAUGCUCAACACAACACAUAUGCCUCUCUGCUCCAUGGUGAUGUUGCUCUUUAUGAGUCACUCAGAGGCCCUGAAGACCCAGAAAUUAAUCCAGAGUAUGCCAACAUAGAGUGGGAGCGAUUCCAUAGACGAUGAGAACCUUCUGCUUUGAGAACAAGGCACCUGAAUCCCUGGAGAGAGUUUACCCUGGAGGGGCAACAUUGUAAUUGAGACACCAAUCAGUCAAACUCAAACAAUGUGUCUCCUGUUUUAUUUACCCAAUCCACCUACAGUACCCAAAGUGUUUGCAUAACACUUUUAUGUUCAAAUAUAAGACAUGUUAAAUUUCGGUUUGGUGAGUUACCUCCAAAAGUUCAAGAAGACCCUUGUAGCAUGAGGCGCACAUGUGCUCAUUAGACGAAUCCCAUUAAAUGCAUGACUGGAGUGUUGCACUUUGCAUUAAAAUGAGUAAAUUAGCAGUUGUCCACAUUUGAGAAAAGUUUUGUUAUAAUCUCUGGUUGUCACAUGAUUGUCAUUUUUAUUGUGACUGAUGAUAAUCUUUUUUCUUGUUUAGACAUUUUAUUUU